AUGGCCGACAAGAAAGGAAGCGCCUACGGCGCGCCGGCGGGCGACACCGACUUCCGCAAAACAUGGGACCUUGACGAGUACGCCGCCAAGGCCAAGGACCGCGAGGCCAAGGAGAAGGAGGAGUCCAAGGCGCGAUACGAGGCGAAGCUGGCCGGCAAGAAAUACCACAAGCCCCUGACGGGCAACGAGACAUUCACCCAGGCGAGGCGCAACGUGCUGGACCUCAGCGCGCAGGUCGGCAAGACGCAGUUGGUGCCGGCGGGCGCGGGUGUGGGCAAGCGCGGGCGCGGCGCCGGCUUCUACUGCGAGCCCUGCGACCUUACGUUCAAGGACAACAAGCAGUACGUCGAGCACAUGAACACGCCGCAGCAUCUGGCCAACACGGGGCAGACGAACGAGGUGCGGCGCGCGACGGCCGACGAGGUGCGGGAGCGUAUCGAGUGGCACUGGCAGCGGAUUCAAGACCUCGAGAAGGAGAAGGCGACGAGCCUACAGGAGCGCCUAGCGCUGCGGGAGGAGGAGAGCCUGAAGGAGGCCGAGGAGCGGAGACGCAAGAGGAAGGAGGCGGACGAGAAGAGGAGGGCGGAGAGGGAGGCGGCCGAGAAGGUCAAGCUCGAGUACGGGGAGGACGUGAGGAUCGAGGGCGAGCACGACGAGGAUGACAUGAUGGCGGCGAUGGGCAUCACCGGGUUCGGAGGGGCCAAGAAGAAAUAA